GUGGCCAGUAUGUUCCCAGAUGAGGAAGAAGAAAUCAGCGAAGAGUCCCGUUUACUGCUGCCAAAUUCGAAUCGCAUAAGCUGCUCCAGUCAUAUGCUCGAAAAGUUGGCCAGAAUUGAUUCAAAGAAAGCCGAAACCGAUGACGAAGUUUAUGGCGCAGCACAUAAACGAGUGUUCGAUAAACUGCAACAAAUUUGGGAUUUGAAAGCAUCUCGCCUGUCUUCCGAGAUUUUUCAUGGCAUCACGGGCAAGAAGCUAAUUGGGCCACACCGAAUUCGUUGGCUAAAAACGUUUGAUGCGGUGAAAUACAUUCUGUCCAUUCCGCACGACAGAUUGGAAGAUGCUUGCCGACAGCUCAACACAUGCCAUUUGGAUGAAGACGAUUACAUGUUCCUCGAAGAAUAUGUGGAGUGUAUUACGCCAGUCGCAAUCGCAUUAAAGAGCUUGGAAGGCAAUAAAUACACGUUUGGAAUUUACCUUCCAAUUCUCGUCGGUUUACGUACCACAUUUGCCCGUUUGCAGGCGAAAAACCUCAUGCAUUGUGCGCCAUUGGUGACAGCAUUACAAACGGGUUUUGAGAAUCGUUUGGCCAAUAUAAUGGAUAUUUUCGAUAUCAAGGGAAAAAGUGCGCCACUGUACUUGGCUAUGUGUUCGAAUCCAUUGUUUAAACUGAAUUAUUUGGGCUUUGAACAAAGAAUUCCGUCGCAUACCGUCAGAAAAAUGCGCGAUUUACUGGUUGCGGCAGCGAAAGAAAUUAUCCUAACUCGAAAUGAUUCGGCAGCCGAUGGUUUUCGGGCUGAAGAAGUUGCGGUAGACGACACGAACACAGUCACAGCCUUAACUAACGUAUCAGAUAUCACCGGAAUAGCAUCGUUGGAUCAACUACUCGUCCCUUGUGAUGUGACGACAUCCAUCAAUGUUGCGGUGCAAAACGAUUUUGCGUUAUUGAACGAAAUUGACAGAUACCUUUCGUCGCCGACAACGGCCACCAUUGAGAAUGGUCUGAAGUUGUUUCCUCACGUACGUGCCGUUUACGAAAAAUACAACUGCAUACGUUCAACGGAAGCGAUAUGUGAAAGAUUGUUCAGUUAUGCUGUACACAAUGUGUCCGCAAUACGGAACGACUGUGCGUUUCAUUCAUUUUCUGUGAGAGAAAGAGAAACAGAUACAGGUUUGGUUGGGUUUGGUUUGGUUUGGUUUGGGUUGGAAUUAUGAAUUUGGAUCGAUCCGAUGUGAUGUGAUGUGAUGUGAUAUGAUGGUGCAUGGUGAUGACCGCCCACCGCCGAUCGUGAUUGGAAUGAUUUUGACGGACAAACGAUUGCGGCUGACAGCCGAAUUCUUCGAAGAUUUGUUGAUACUUCAUAUGAACGCCGAUUGGAUCUGAUCUGAGACUAGACGAUGGACGUUAAUAUUUGAAAAUCCAGACAAUUUUUGCACCAUUUUUCGUUUUUUUUCUAUUUUCUUCAAAUUGAUAUUUCUUCAUUGAAUUUUUUUUCUUCUUUAUUUCAAUCUCUAUUUCCAUUUGACUUUCAUGUAAAAUAUCACGUUUAUGUGAAUUGUGAAUUUAUUAUUUGUUAUUAUCAAUAUCAA